CAACAUUCUAAAAUUCUGAGUAUUUAUAGUAAAAGCAAACACUGAAGGUAAAGUAGAAACCUACCAAAUGCUCUUCAUCACUGUGCAUUAUCUUCUGUAACACUCCAGACUCUUACACUCAGCCACCUACAAGACAGGUCAACUUAAAUGUCCAGUGAACAUCUCAAACAAUGACUCUAGAUUCCUUUCAUUACCUGUUUCUCCCAGUCCUCUGUAUCUCACUAUUAGUUGCUCAAGACAAAAACCUAAGAGUCAUCACUCUUGAUUCUUCUCUUUUCAUCACUUUCUUUUUAUUUUUUUUAGAGACAGGGUCUCACUCUGUCACCCAGGCUGGAGUGCAGUGGCACAGUCAGCCAAAUCCUGGGCUCAAGCUGUAUUCCUGCCCCAGCCUCCCAAGCAGCUAGGAUGACAGGCAUGUGCCACCAUGCAUAAGCUAAGUUUUAAAAUUUUUAUAGAGGCAAGCUAUGUUGCCCGGGCUGGUCUCAACCUCCGGGCCUCAAGCAGUCCUUCCUCCUCAGCCUCCUCAAGCACUGGGAUUACAGGCAUGAGCCACUGUGCCCAGCCUCUUUUCUUCACUUUCUACAUACACAAUAGCCUUCCAGAACUAUCAGAUGAGAGAUGAUAUUUGAAAGUCACCAACUUAAACAUGAGAAAUAAAACCAAGAGAACGCAGGAGUUCUAGUGGAGAGCAUACAGAGUUUAAGGAUUAUUCAUAAUUAGCAAGUAGAAAGAAGGCAGACUGGCUGCUUUGAAAAGCCAUCUUUGCAUUGUUCCUCGUCCGCCUCCUUGCUCGCCGCAGCCGCCGCCGCCGCACGCCUCCUCCGCCGCCGCGAUCUCCGGCAGCUUUAUCGCCAGAGUCCCUGAACUCUCGCUUUCCUUUUAAUCCCCUGCAUCGGAUCACCGGCGUGCCCCACCAUGUCAGACGCAGCCGUAGACACCAGCUCCGAAAUCACCACCAAGGACUUAAAGGAGAAGAAGGAAGUUGUGGAAGAGGCGGAAAAUGGAAGAGACGCCCCAGCUAACGGGAAUGCUAAUGAGGAAAAUGGGGAGCAGGAGGCUGACAAUGAGGUAGAUGAAGAAGAGGAAGAAGGUGGGGAGGAAGAGGAGGAGGAAGACGGUGAUGGUGAGGAAGAGGAUGGAGAUGAAGAUGAGGAAGCUGAGUCAGCUACGGGCAAGCGGGCAGCUGAAGAUGAUGAGGAUGACGAUGUCGAUACCAAGAAGCAGAAGACCUACGAGGAUGACUAGACAGCAAAAAAGGAAAAGUUAAACUAAAAAAAAAGGCCGUCGUGACCUAUUCACCCUCUACUUCCCGUCUCAGAAUCUAAACGUGGUCACCUUCGAGUAGAGAGGCCCGCCCGCCCACCGUGGGCAGUGCCACCCGCAGAUGACACGCGCUCUCCACCACCCAACCCAAACCAUGAGAAUUUGCAACAGGGGAGGAAAAAAGAACCAAAACUUCCAAGGCCCUGCUUUUUUUCUUAAAAGUACUUUAAAAAGGAAAUUUGUUUGUAUUUUUUAUUUACAUUUUAUAUUUUUGUACAUAUUGUUAGGGUCAGCCAUUUUUAAUUAUCUUGGAUGACCAAACCAGCCUUCGGAGCGUUCUCUGUCCUACUUCUGACUUUACUUGUGGUGUGACCAUGUUCAUUAUAAUCUCAAAGGAGAAAAAAAACCUUGUAAAAAAAGCAAAAAUGACAACAGAAAAACAAUCUUAUUCCGAGCAUUCCAGUAACUUUUUUGUGUAUGUACUUAGCUGUACUAUAAGUAGUUGGUUUGUAUGAGAUGGUUAAAAAGGCCAAAGAUAAAAGGUUUCUUUUUUUUCCUUUUUUGUCUAUGAAGUUGCUGUUUAUUUUUUUUGGCCUGUUUGAUGUAUGUGUGAAACAAUGUUGUCCAACAAUAAACAGG